AUGUCCUGCUUCUGUCAAGGAGUAUGUGAAAUCUACACCAACACCAAGAGAUCACCAGCACAGGACAGUGACCAGAAGCCCUUCCCCUGCGGACAGUGCAGCAAGAGCCUCAUCCAGCGGGACUUGCUGACCCAGCACCUGCGCCUACACAGUGGGGAGAGGCACGUCCAGUGUUCCGUCUGUAGCAAGAGCUUCCAGGCCAGGGCCGACAUGAAGAUGUACCAGCUGCUGCACAGAGCAGAGAUGCCAUUCGCCUGCAAGUGCGGCAAGGGCUUUGCCCAGCGCUUCAAGCUGGUGGUACACAUCAGGACUCACAUCAGCAAGAGCAGCCUUUCCAGUGUAAUAAGUGCAAGAAACCUUUCUAGUGUCCCAAGUGCAACAAGGCUUUCCACUUGA